AUGGACCGUGCGGAGAAAAGGAUUUCCUCAUGUACUCAAUGCGCCGUGGCGGUUACAGAGCAUUACUUGAGAUGGGGCAGAACGCAAACCAGACGAGGAACCAAGGCAGAAGUAACCAUAGUCAAGGAAACGGCAACUACGGAGGAAAGCACUACGGGAACAAUCACCAUGGAAACAGCAAUUAUGGAAAUAACUAUGGAAACCAAUACGGAAACUAUGGCAAUAAUCAAUACGGGAACCAAAACUACGGCAACCAGAAUUAUGGUAACAACCAAUAUGGUAACCAGCAGUAUGGAAACAACCAAUACGGUAACCAGAAUCAAUACGGGAAUCAGUAUGGAAACCAAAACCAAUACGGAAAUCAGUAUAGAAACAACUAUGGAAACAACCAAUAUGGAAACAACCAAUACCAGGGUCAAUAUGGCCACCAAAACCAAAGCCGGACAGACCAGUAUGGAAGCCACUCUUACUCCAAUCACAACCAAAAUACUCACGGUCGGCUGA